GACACUCUUCUCCGUGAAGGGAAGAGUUAUCUGUUCUUUAAUCUUUGAGAGAUCUUCUUUCCUCUUCUUCUUUGGUGGUGCCGCUGCUGGUUCUCGUUCUCUGCAGCCAUGGCCAUUCGGGGACAGCUUCUGACAAUGGCUAUUGGCUUCGCCUUCACUGCAGCCUUUCUUCGCUCUGCGGUUUGCUUUAAUCCUCCACCACAACAUGACGCCCUCGACGUCCUUCCUCCGACCAACUAUCUGGGUUCAAUUUCGCCCCAACAGGUCCAUAUAUCUUUAGUGGGUAAGGACAAGAUGAGAAUAAUGUGGAUUACCCAACAUGCAAGCCCAGCUACAGUAGAAUAUGAUACAUCUGCGGGGACUUACGGUUACUCUGCAACUGGAAGUACUUAUUCGUACGAGUAUUUGAUGUAUAAAUCGGGAGAAAUACACGAUGUAGUAAUUGGGCCCUUGGAGCCCAAUACAGUCUACUACUACCGGUGUGGAUCCAACUCAUCUCGUGAAUUCAGCUUCAAAACCCCUCCGGUUCAGCUUCCCAUUACAUUCGCUGUGGCAGGUGAUCUAGGUCAGACCAGGUGGACAAAAUCAACCCUUCAGCACAUUUCUAGAUCCGGCUACGAUGUGAUGCUCUUGCCCGGGGACCUAUCUUAUGCAGACUUCAACCAGCCACUCUGGGACUCAUUUGGCCGCCUGGUCGAACCACUUUCCAGUCAACGGCCUUGGAUGGUGACACAGGGCAACCAUGAGAUAGAGAAGAUCCCUGUCAUCCAUGCACACCCCUUCACAUCUUACAAUGCCAGGUGGCAUAUGCCAUUCGAGGAAAGUGGGUCCAACUACAACCUCUACUACUCCUUCGAAGUCGCAGGGGUCCACGUCAUCAUGUUGGGGUCUUAUACAAGCUUUGAAGCAGGCUCCGAUCAGUACAAAUGGCUUGAAGCUGACUUGGCAAAAGUCAGCAGAGAGAGGACUCCAUGGCUCCUUGUGCUUGUCCACGCGCCUUGGUAUAAUUCCAACACUGCUCAUCAGGGGGAUUAUGAAGGAGAAGGGAUGAGGAAAGCCAUGGAGAAGCUGCUUUUCGAUGCUCGCGUGGACAUUGUUUUUGCUGGUCAUGUCCAUGCUUAUGAACGCUUCACUCGAAUUUAUGAAGGGCAAGCUAAUGCUUGUGGUCCAGUGCAUAUCACCAUUGGAGAUGGUGGGAAUCGUGAAGGCCUUUGCAGGAGGUAUUUGGAUCCCCAACCACAAAUAUCAGUUUUCAGGGAAGCAAGUUUUGGGCGUGGCCAAUUUCAGGUGGUGAAUGCAACUCAUGCACUGUGGAGCUGGCAUAGAAAUGAUGAUGAUGAAACAGUCAGAGCUGAUAUGGUCUGGUUGAGUAGCCUUGCAUCCGAUCCAGCUUGUAAUAGAAUGUAAAUUUCAGGUUUGUUUUGUCUUCACAUUUGUGAUUUGUCCAAUUCAAUUUCUUGGUAUCUGUAACUAAAUUUCCAAAGUCAUAGAAAUAUC